UAGCCCUGACCUCUCCGCGCCCUUCCCGCUCCCCCUCCUACCGGUCGUCACUCCUACAUUAAAGUUCUGAGUCCCACGGAGAAUCACGUCUGGUUUGCCCUCUAUGGAGAGGGGCACCCAUUAUCUCCCUACUCCCCGAAUCUCCCUCAUUCUGGCAAGCCUGGGUCUCAGGCUCACCCGUUGUGGACGUGGAAGAGACUGAGAUUGACUAGGGGAGGGGGAAGUAUGGAUAGAGAAGUUAAAUGACCCCCCCACACACACACAAGUCACCGUCCACCCGCCUCCCUGUGCGUCAUAAAUUUACCCCUGGCUUUUUUGUUGUUCUAGUUCAAAUGAAGAGACUGCUGGUCCCUCUGGGGAAUUACUUUGAUCUCAGUCUGACUCUACCUUCCCUUAGCUCUCCGAUUAAUCUAUUUCUGCCCCGUGCCAUGUCACCCUAUCUCAGCACUUUUCCCCCACUAUUACCUGUCACCCCCAUCGGAUCAUCCCUUCUCCUCCUUUAGCCCCCAGUGCUCUCCCACUGCCACCUGCCUCCCUCCUCCCUACUGCUACUCCUUAGCUCACCUAACCCAGCCAGAAAUCCUGGAAAGUUUCUGCAAUUGAAAAGACUAAAUCCUGAAGGGAGAAAAUGAAAGGGCUGGCAGCCGGAGGGACCAGGAGCGGAGGCAGGGAGAGCAGGGACUGAAACUGCUUCUACAUGACGCCAGAAUACGAAGUAAAACAUGCAGUCACCAUUCACAUGAUAGAGAGCUGAGCUGGGGAUGUGCAGCCCCAACACCACAAUGACCCACUGUGUUUUUCACUUUCCGUAUACUGUUUUGAAAUCGAGACACAGACUUGAGGAUCAAAGACAGUAUAAGAAAGCAAGCAAGGGACCGGGACAGAUGUGCUUUCUAAGUGAGGAUGACAGUCAGAAAAAAGAAGCAUUAUUAGAGAGAUGAUGAGAAGUUGGAGAACAAGGGAAGCCUGGGAGUCGCUGUCAGAUGGAGAGACAUUAAGGGAUCGAGGAGGAGAGAAGAGGAGCUGAAUGUGGGUAUUGGCCUGGACAUACUUCAUUGCAUUCGAUCGGCAAGACUCUUAAAGUAGGUGUAUUUAUCACAUUCUUACAAAUGAGAGAACAAGUUCAGGGAGGUUAAGUGAUUUGUCUGAGUCACACUAGCAAGUGCUAGUUUGAGCCUCUUGAAGUUAGUUUCCCAUGGUGAGAGGUGUAGCUGGCUGUGAGGGGAACACAGGAGGUGGAGAGAGGCACUGGUACUUAGUAUAUAUCACCUUGGAGCCAAGGUGCCAGCUCUUUGUGGAAACGUCCUCAGCCCAGUCUAGACCCCGGGCUGCCUGUCCUAAGGCUGGGCAUCUGGCUGCAGUAAAGCCCUCCGAGAAGUGGGGGCAAGCACUCAGCUUGGGGUUCUGUGAAGAGAAACAGGUAGAUGCCAACUAGCAGGAUAUCUGUGUACCCAAAGAACUCCAGAGAGGGGGGCCUUGGGCUAGAGCCAGGGCUGGGACCAGGGUGGGGACCAGGUGUGGGGACGGAGAGCAGGCCUUGGGAUGGGGCUGGAGCAGGGACAGGGAUUGGGCAGAGCCAGGGACCAGCUCAUCUGAGAGCUCACUGUGGGCACAUCUUAGCCCUCAGCCCCUGCCUUCUUGCCUGGGAGGCAUCACACCCACCUUGGCUCUUCUCAACCAGCACUUCUGCUUCUGAUCACCUACAGCACAGGACAGUGAUUUAAGGACACUAUACUAGCUCUGGGAUCAGACGCAUCUGGAUUCAAAGGCCCACUCUACCGCUUACUACCCCAUUGACCUUGGGCAAGUCACUUAGCCUCUCUGAACCUUCAUUUCUUCUCUGGUGAAAUUGGGGUAAUAAAUGCCUGCCUUGUAGGAUUACUGUGAUAAUUAAAUGAGACAAUAUAUGUAAAGUACUUAGCUGAGUGCUCAGCUCAAGGUAAAGUGCUCAGUAAAUGGGAGCUGUUAGAAUGCCUGCUACCAUCACCACCAUCAUCUCCUCCCUGGCGGGGAGGUGGAGGGGACCUCUGCUAGCUCUGGUACUGACACUGUUCUCCCUGCGGACAGAACUGCCCAGACCUUCAUCUGCGUGGUUUGAAGCAGAAUUUUUCUACCACGUCCUCCACUGGACUCCCAUCCCGAAUCAGUCUGAAAGUACCUACUAUGAAGUGGAGCUCCUGCGGUAUGGAGUAGAGCCCAUCUACUGGAACCCCAUCCGCAGCUGUAGCCAAACCUUGGUGCUGUCCUGUGAUCUCACCAUGCAGACCCUGGACCUGUAUCAUAGCAAUGGUUACCGAGCCAGAGUCCGGGCAGUGGACGGAGGCCAGCACUCAAACUGGACCUCUCCCAACACCCGCUUCUCUGUGGAUGAAGUGACUCUGACAGUUGCCGGCGUGAAGCUAGAGGUGCACGAUGGCAUCAUCUUUGGGGUGAUCCAGCUCCCCAGGCCCAAGAUGGCCCCAGCAGGCGACACAUAUGAAAGCAUCUUCCACAACUUCCGGGAGUAUGAGAUUGAGGUUCGCAAGGUACCAGGACGAUAUAAGUCCCAUGACAAGAUAAAACAUGAAAACUUUAACCUCCCAGUCCCGAGAGGGGUGGGAGAGUUCUGUGUCAGGGUGAAACCAUCUGUCAGCUCCCGAGUGAACAAGGAGGUCUGGUCCAAGGAGGAGUGCAUCGUGCUCACCCCGCAGUAUUUCACCGUGACCAACCUCAGCAUCUUCUUCACCUUUGUCCUGCUGCUCUGUGGAGCCCUGGCCUUCUUCCUGGCCCUCCAGCUGUAUGUGCAGCGCCGGGGGAAGCUGCCCACCGUCCUGGUCUUCAAGAAGCCCAGUCCCUUCAGCCUCAUCAGCCAGCUUUCCUGCCCAGAGACCCAAGACACCAUUCACCCCCUCGAUGAGCAGGCCUUCCCCAAGGUGUCCCCAGAGCUGAGGAACUCGGAGCUGCACGGCAGCACGGACAGUGGCUUCAGCAGUGCCAAGCCAUCCCUGCAGACUGAUGAGCCCCAGUUCCACCUCCCUGCCCCCCACCCCCAGGCUGGGGGUACUUUGGGAAAGGGGGUGCCCCGGUUGCCGGAGGACAGCUGCAGUAGCGGCGGCAGCAAAAGUACAGACAGCGGGAUCUGCCUGCAGGAGCCCAGCCUGAGUCCUGGCACGGAGCCCAGCUGGGAGCCGCAGGCGGGGAGCGACAGCCGGGACCAGCUUGACAGUGGCAUUGGCCUGGUCCAGAACCCUGAGGGGCAGCCUGAGGAUGUUCAGGGUGGCUCAGCUUUGGGCCAUGUGAGUCCCCUGGGACCGGAGGUGGCUGCGGGAGAAGACCCAGCUGCGGGGGCCUUCCAGGGCUACCUGAAGCAGACCCGGUGCCCGGAGGAGAGGGCAGCCGAGGCGGGCGGCCUGGAAGAAGAGUCCUCCUCAACAGAUGGCCUUGGCCCCAAAUUCAAGACAUGCGUGGACGCUGAGGUGGACUGGCCUCUACCAGCCCUGGCCAAGGGCUAUUUGAAACAGGACCCCCCAGAAAUGACUCUCACUCCCUCAGGGGCCCCAGCUGGACAGUGGAACCCACCAACUAAGGAUUGGUCACUCCUGGGCUUGACCCGCUGUGGUGACCUUGGAGCAUCUGACUGGAGCUUUGCCCACGACCUUGCCCCUCUGGACUGUGUGGCAGCCCCAGGCGGUCUCCUGGGCAGCUCUGACUCAGACCUGGUCGCCCUGCCACUCAUCUCCAGCCUGCACUCAAGUGAGUGACUCGGGCCAGAGGGCUGCUUUUGGUUUCCGCUGCACCCUGCCUGGACCCAGAGGGGCCCCAGGGGAUGAAAGUGAAACACGAGGCCAGUCUGGGCACUUUUCUGCAAGCGUAGUGAGGCCAGCGCCAGGCCUGGUAAGUGUCCAGGGCAGGAGGACACUCAGCUAGCACAGGGUACAUGUGUGGCAUUGGCCUCCUCUGCAGACGGGGCCCUGCAGACUCUGGCGGAACUGAGAAGGGCAGGGCAGAGAUCUCCACCUCCUUGGGAUGCUUCCCAUAUUGUAAAGGACUGCUUGCUCAGGGGAAUCAUGGGGCCUUUUGGAGUUGUGGUGAGGCCACCAGGCUGAAGUCAGCUCAGAGAGCCAGGCCGCCCUGCUGAGGCCAGCCAUGUGUCAGGGCCUCCAGCAGGAUAGAGGGCCGAGAGGAUGGAGGCUUCAGGGCCUCGCUGCAGGGGCCAUUUCUAGGAGGUAAAAGAGGGAGCAGGGGUCAAAGGGAGCUGAGAUGCAGAAGGGGGCUUCUGGCUCAGAAUCCAGCGCUCUGGGGAUGGCUUGUGUCCAUCUGCAGACAGCACCCUCUUUCAAGCAACUAGAGCAGCAUCCCCCUGGGGCACUUGGAGUGGCCAAGCCAUGCACUACCCUCACCCUGCUGCCCACACCAUCUUGCUGACAGUACCAGCGAAAGCAUGGGUGUUUGUACUGGUCAAAACUCAGGCCUUCAGGUGGCCUCUAGGCUUGGACGCCACCUUAUCUGCCCAAGAGGGUCAGGGUUAGGACCUGCACUGUGUUUGCUGCUGACAUCCAGCUAUAGGACAGGACACUGGGGUAGGGUCUCUGUUCAAUGAUCAGCUGUGCGACCUUGGGCCAGCCACUUCUCAGAGGGCCUCAGUUAUCCCAUCUGUGAUGUAAAGAAUCUCUAGGGGACCCUUCUAGAUGAUGGAUGGAUGAUAGCCAAGCUGGCUUCUGGGGUGACAUCUCCAACCCCAACUGACCCUGGGUAGGGAGGAAGCCACGCCUUCACAGAGCUGGCUUCUUUCCCAUGCCGCAGGCUAACUGAUGUAGCAAGAGUGCAUGGCAUUGUGCUGAGAGAACAAUCAGACCCUGGGCCCAGAGAGGGGGCAGGUGUGGGCCCCGCUUCCCCACAGUCAGUUUAGAAUCUGUCUGCAAAGCCAUUUUACAAUCCGUGGGCAGGGAACCUGGGAGGGGUGAUAGGCCUGGGGCGUGCCCACCGCCCAAGUCAUCCUCGGCCCUGUGUUUUCCGUGGCAUUCUGGGAAUAGACAUCAGGCCCAGGGAAUCCAGCCAGAGCCCCUUCCACUCUGCCAGGAAGCUCGUAGGCGCCAGUCCGAUAAUAACUCCCUCUAGAAACAGGCUUGAAGGAGGGGUUUCUCAGCGUUUCCUUGGAAGGUUUAUUUAUUUAUUUUGUUCAUUUAUUUAUUGAAGAAGCAGCAAGAUACAGGGAAAGAGUUCUGGGUAUUUCGAUAGCCUAGGAGUUCUCAUUCUGAUUUCACUGUUUCUAGCCGUGUGACCGUGGGAAAGCCACUCUUCCUCAUCUGUGAAACCAGAAAACGUUGUCUGACUUGUUUCAUUCAUAAGGGUGUGAGGUUCCACUGACGACGAGGAUGUGAAUGUGCCUUGAACGCAGGCUCUGUAAAUGAGUGACAUGUGUUCUUUCUUCCAAUAAAUUGUCAGAACCACA